AUGUCGGGAGAACAGCCAAAAGUGAAAUACGCAGAUCCAAAAAGGAAACUCAAAGCAGCUGAAGUGGAUUUUAUGAAGUUAAUUGAGCAGCAAAAUCUCGAGAGAGUACUCAAGCUUAAGCGGACAAGGAAGAAUAAUCUGAUCACGGCCCUGACACUCGGGGGCACGUGCCUGGCCAUCUACGGAUACUCGAUGCUGGCAGUGAAGCAGGAGAAAUUUCUGGACGAUUUCGAGGAGCCUGUGAAGGUGCUGAAGGAGAACUAGUCACCAUGUCACUCUCCCUAGCUGCUAAGAAUUUACCACGGCUUCCGCCUCUACCUACAAUCCGGGAUCUAGUGAAACUCUACCGGCUUCAGGCCAUCAAACAGCUUUCCCAGAAUUUUCUCAUGGAUGAACGCCUGACAGACAAAAUUGUACGUGCUGCUGGACGUCUAGAGGGACGACAUGUGCUUGAGGUUGGGCCUGGACCUGGUGGUAUCACCAGAUCCAUCAUCAGGAAGCGACCACAAACCUUGCACCUUGUAGAAAAGGAUGCUCGCUUUAUGCCGACUUUAGAGCUACUCCAAGAAUCCUGUCGGAGUCAUGUUGAUGUGACCAUUGUGCGAGAUGACAUCCUGAAGUAUCCUACAGAGAUGGCAUUUGCAGGAUUGGAACAAACUCCCUGGGAUGGCAUAAGGGCACCCAUCCAUCUUAUAGGAAACCUCCCAUUUGCCAUUUCCACCCGACUCCUAAUCAACUGGCUCAAGGAUGUGAGUCUGAGAAGGGGAGCUUGGGAUUUUGGCCGGGCCAGCAUGACUCUGACUUUCCAGAAAGAAGUCGGAGAGAGAAUUGUAGCCCCCAUCUUGGAUGCUCAGCGAUGCAGAUUGUCUGUCAUGUCUCAGAUUUGGACAAUUCCCCAUCUGAAAUUCAUCAUCCCAGGCACAGCCUUCGUCCCUCAGCCAGAUGUCGAUGUGGCCGUUGUUACGAUCAUCCCUUUGAAAAUCCCAAAGACUCAGCUUCCCUUCGAUCUCGUCGAGAAAGUGGUGAGGUACAUCUUCUCCAUGAGGCAGAAAUAUGUUCGCCGGGGCAUUAGCAAUCUCUUCCCGGAGGACGUAAGAGAGGAAUUUACAGAAAAACUGUUCCAGGAAGCUGAUCUCGAUCCCACUCUUCGAUCCUUCCAGCUUUCCGUUGAAGAAUGUUUGAGGCUGGCAGAUGCUUACAGUAAAAUAAUUGAAAUUUAUCCGAAGAUCGAUGAGUUCAACUAUAGAGCUCCCAAGAGCCAGAGGUUUCCACUCUUUCAAGCACCAGAUCCCGUAGAGGCGGAAGGGACGGAAGUGUAGAUUCGUUAGAAAUAUAUUUUUAUUAUUAAUAAAAGUACAUUGAACUUA